CCAGAUCGUGGCAGUGCUUAUAUCUGCCGGGUCAGAUUCGGAACAACCCUUGCUGUCUUGCGGACUGUCAUCAUCACCCCGACUAGUGCUGAUGCCCACGGACUUCGCGAAGGUGUCCCAAUCGGGGAAGUCUGAUGUCCGACCCAUCAGCAUCCACUUAGGCGUCCAGCAGUCGGCCAGGCAUCCAUCACAUAUCGCCAUCCUUCGGCGGCGAGGCUGAGCAUCCGCUGCCUAUAAAACAUGCCCAUGCAGCGCAUUUUCCCUGAUCAGUCGCGCGCAUCAUGAUUUUCUCCCGGACUUCUCUCUUGCUCGGGACGCUCUGCGCGUCGGGCCUGGCGAGCCCCAUGCCGUCGAGCCCCUCCGCUCCCAUCGUCCAUCUCCCCGAUUCCGACGUCUGGUUCACCGGAACUGCCGGCAAUGAGACCGAAUCCUUUCUCAAUAUCCGCUUCGGUCAAGACACGAGCGGCAGCAACCGCUUCGCGCCGCCGAAGCCUUACGCCUAUCCAGCUGGGUCCGUGGUGAACGCCACCCAGUCGGGCGCCGCCUGUCCACAGCAGAAGGACCCCAUUCCUACCUUCCCCCUCUUCGACAAUGUCACGCACAUCUCCGAGGACUGUCUGACGCUGCGGGUCGAUCGGCCGGCCCACACAUCGCCGUCGGACCGACUGCCCGUGCUGGUCUUUAUCUAUGGGGGCGGCGACACCAUCGGCCAGAUCUAUGAUUCGGCCUAUGAUCCGACGCUGUUGGUCUCUGGGGCCGCUGCGAAGGGGAUCCCCGUCCUCUACGUGGCCAUGAACUACCGGCUAGGCAUCUUCGGGUUUGCCUCGUCGCCGGCCCUGAACGCGUCCGACUCGCUGAACGCGGGUCUGCUGGACCAACGUCUGGCGCUGUGGUGGAUCCAGGACCACAUCGCGGCCUUUGGCGGCGAUCCCGACCAGGUCACCAUCUUUGGCGAAAGUGACGGGGCCACGAGCGUGGGCCUGCAGCUGACGGCCUACGGGGGCCAGGUGUCCCAGGUGCCCUUCCGCCGCGCCAUCAUGGAAUCCGGCGGGGCCACGGCCGACCCCGGCACGGCUUGGGAUCAGUCGGGCCAGCAUACGGCGGUGCUGAUCGACAAAGUCAACUGCACGGCGCCCACCAGCCAGGCGGAGCUGGCGUGCCUGCGUCAACUCCCCAUGCGCUCGCUGCUGCAUACGGCCUACGCCUAUGAGCUGACCAUCGACUCCAUGGGCGGCAUGGAUGUCUUCAAGCCCGUCUCGCCGUCGACCUUUAUUCCCGACCGCCCCUCCACGCUGCUCAAAACCGGUCAAUUUGCCCGGGACAUCGAUCUCAUCUCCGGCUGGUGUGAGAAUGACGGGGCCUUUUUCACCUCCACGGACCUGGAAACCUCCUCGGACGUGGCCGAGUCGCUGCGGGCCAGCUAUCCGCGCCUCUCCAAUGCCACCAUCGCCCAGGCCCUACAGCUGUAUCCCCUGUCGGAUUUCUCGAAUGACACGACGGUGAACCCCCCGGUGUCGGCCCAGUAUUUCCGCGCCAGUCAAAUGGCACGCGAUCUCGGGUUCACCUGCCCCAGUCUGCUGAUGGUCCAGACCAACGCCCAGUAUGCCUCCCAUCCCCGCGUCUCGAACUACCUGUACGCCCUCAACCAAACCGCCUUCGCGGAAGUCUUUGCCGUGGAAAACCUCACCUACUACGGUGUCCCGCACUUCAGCGACAUCCCGUAUAUUUUCAACACCGUCACCGAUGGCCUGCUGGCCCCGGUGUCGACCGAUUCCGAUCGCCAACUCGCCGCCGCCAUUGGGGCCAGCUGGGCGUCCUUUGCCACCUUUGGGGAUCCGUCGCAGGUCAACGGCACUGUCCCCGGGUGGUUGCAAGCCUUGCCCGUCCAGAUUCGUUCCACCCUAGAGUCCUCGAUCGUGCCGAAGUUGCGCGUUCUCGGCGGACCCGACGCCCGGUUUACCGGCCAGGGCUAUCAUGAGGAUUUGGUGCCGCGGUGUGCCUUUUGGAACUCUGCCGAGGUCGUGGCGGAGCUCGGCAUCUAGUUCAGGACUUGGCUCCAUCAAUCAGCUCGUGUCAUAAUGUCUGCUUAGGAUCGCUUGGGCUCUACCCCGUUCUCUCACCCGGUGUAGCAAGAAUGUUAGGUAAGGGUGAACAUUUGGCAUCUCGAGAUACGAUGUAUGAUCACUUUAUCUGUUUGUAUACUAUAAUUCUUUAAGCGCGCUAGCGCUGAAAAACACUCGGUCAGCUCCUGGGUAAGGGAAGUUCACAGCGUUAAGACUUUUCAUCAGUCCAUGAGAAUCAUUAAUCUAGCUGUCUAAUUGGCUCAAUUGCC